GAAGUAAAGUUGUGAAAUACGACACUAAAGUAGGUCCAUGAAUGCAACACAAAACACGCGAAGACUGAUUGAGAAUCCUGCAGCUUGGACCUCAUAUUUUGAACAGAAGAGAAAAACAAAGACUGAGCUAUCUUUGGUAAAAGCCUAUCACUAAAGAUGAUUGACCCAAAUCUCAGAGAAGAACCUUUAAAUUUAAAUGUUACCACUGCAGUUGCCACCCAUUCUUCUCAAACAGAGGAUUCAUUAACCAGGAGCAGCGGGAUCAUACCUGGUACAAUUGCAGCCUCAGUUUUCAUUGCCUUCUUGCUUGCACUCUACGCCACUCUCUGGAAGUGCAUGAUGUCACCACCAACUCGAAAGAAAAGUAAGCGGAGGAUAAGGGCACAACAGAAGAGGUCUUCUCUUCAGCAUCUUUAAACCAGUCAAUGAAGAUCAGGAAGCACAUAUGUUAUGGAUUGGCAAGUCUGCCUGAGCAGUGGUUACUGGCGACCUUUUUAACUCAAAGGUGAUGAUGAUGUAAAUAGUUGUGGCAGGUCAGAUUGUGCUCUUUUUUUCCUUUGAUGUUUUACUAGGGAGGCAGAGGCCCAGGAAGAACUUUUUUCUUGUGUAGAGAUGAGUAUUAUGAAAGACUUGUCUGUUUUUUAUGGUAAUUUUUGUACAAAUAAAACUUUUUUGCAAAUGUG